CGCAGCGACAGCGCGCGGUGGCCUGUGGGCGGGACUUCCGGCCCGAUGAAUCGUCUUCCGGCCGUGCUUGAUGGGUCUGGCCGGUCUUCUGACAUGAAGCCCCCUGGACCUAGAAAUUGGUUCUUUCUGUGACACGCCCACCAUGUGGCCACUUCUUCAUGUCCUCUGGCUUGCUCUGGCCUGUGGCUCCGUUCACACCACCUUGUCAAAGUCAGAUGCCAAAAAAGCUGCCUCAAAGAUGCUGCUGGAAAAGACUCAGUUUUCAGAUAAACCUGUCCAAGAUCGGGGUCUGGUGGUAACGGACAUCAAAGCUGAGGAUGUGGUUCUUGAACAUCGUAGCUACUGCUCAGCAAGGGCUCGGGAGAGAAACUUUGCUGGAGAGGUCCUAGGCUAUGUCACUCCGUGGAACAGCCAUGGCUAUGAUGUUGCCAAAGUCUUUGGAAGCAAGUUCACACAGAUCUCACCAGUCUGGCUGCAGCUGAAGAGACGUGGUCGUGAGAUGUUUGAAAUCACAGGCCUCCAUGAUGUGGACCAAGGGUGGAUGCGAGCUGUCAAGAAGCAUGCCAAAGGCCUGCGCAUAGUGCCCCGGCUUCUCUUUGAAGACUGGACUUACGAUGAUUUUCAGAAUGUCUUAGACAGUGAGGAUGAAAUAGAAGAACUCGGCAAGACUGUGGUACAGGUGGCAAAGAACCAGCAUUUUGAUGGUUUUGUGGUGGAGGUCUGGAGCCAGUUGCUGAGCCAGAAGCAUGUAGGCCUCAUCCACAUGCUUACUCACUUGGCUGAGGCACUGCACCAGGCCAGGCUGUUGGUCAUUUUGGUCAUCCCACCUGCUGUCACCCCUGGGACCGACCAGCUGGGUAUGUUUACACACAAGGAGUUUGAAAAACUGGCCCCUGUGCUAGAUGGCUUCAGCCUCAUGACAUACGACUACUCCACAUCACAACAGCCUGGCCCUAAUGCUCCAUUGUCAUGGAUUCGAGCCUGUGUCCAAGUCCUAGACCCCAAGUCACAGUGGCGAAGCAAGAUCCUCCUGGGGCUGAACUUCUACGGCAUGGACUAUGCAGCCUCCAAGGAUGCCCGUGAGCCUGUCAUUGGGGCCAGGUACAUACAGACGCUGAAGGACCACAGGCCCCGACUGGUAUGGGACAACCAGGCUGCGGAACACUUCUUUGAGUACAAGAAGAAUCGCGGCGGGAGGCAUGUUGUCUUCUACCCAACUCUGAAGUCUCUGCAGGUGCGGCUGGAGCUAGCCAGGGAGCUGGGCGUCGGGGUCUCCAUCUGGGAGCUGGGCCAAGGCCUGGAUUACUUCUAUGACCUGCUGUAGGCUGGACAGCAACACCCAAGUGACUAUGGACUUUUCUAAGCCAUGGAGUGAGUGGUGAAAUAUAGGCCUCUUCUCUGUU